AUGAAUGUGAACAUUCAGUCAACACUAUCAAUACCAGCCGUUCGUCCGGUUGGAAUGGAAGAAGGAAGUGAGUUGGAGUAUCUUCGAAUCGAAAAUAAAGAACUUAGUGAUAAACUCAUCAAUUUGAGAGAAAAGCGCAAAGAAGAUCAACGAAAAUUGGUGGAAUAUGAAAGGAAUCGUAUACAACUUCAAGCAUUGCUUGAAUAUAAGGCUAAAAUGACUGAGGCUCAUACUGACCUACAGAGGAAACUGCAGGAGAAAGACAGAGAGUUACGAGAAGUGUUAGCGUCGAAAGCGAAUGAACGUGAAGAUGUGAAUGACAUUGAAGAACAACUGGAAUUGAUAACGCUCGACAAAGAAAUGGCCGAAGAAAGAGCUGAGAUGUUACAG